AUGGUCCAUCCUCUCUACACAUCGUUUCUGGCGCCGCUCGCCGGCUACGCUCUGUACAGGAUUGUGAAGGGGCUAUACGUGGAGUUCACGUCACCAUUGCGAACCCUGCCAGGACCACCGUCUGCCCACUGGCUCUACGGGAACACCCGAGAGUUGGUAGAAGAUCAAUUUUCUGGGCUGCUAGAACGAUGGGCCGAACAGUACGGUCCGACCAUUCGGAUUCAUGAGGUAUUGGGGACUUGUCGACUUGUUACUACGGACUUGAAGGCCAUACACCAUAUUUUAAACAACACCCAUAUCUAUCAGAAAUCGACAACGACGAGAGAAACAUUGUCGCUCAUUGUUGGUCCAGGUCUUCUAGUGGUUGAAAACGAAGAACACAGGCGCCAGCGCAAGAUAAUGAAUCCAGCGUUUGGUAUACCACAAAUUCGUGCUCUUCAUGACAUCUUCAUCCAAAAAUCGGUCGAGCUUCGUGAUAUCUGGAUGAAGCAAGCUACCCGACAUGGCGACAUUGUGCAAGUGGAUGCGCUGUCGUGGCUUAGUAAGGCAUCCCUCGAUAUAAUUGGACUUGCAGGAUUCAACUACGACAUUCAUGCGCUCGAGUUUGAUGACAACUCGAACUCAGACCCGCUCAUCAAUGCGUUCAAUCGUCUAUGUUCGCUUCAGGCCGGAAUAAGCGUUGCGCGGUUUAUUCGGCAUCAGUUCCCAAUUCUACGGUAUUUGCCGACCCAUAACAAUCGAGUUGCCAAAGCAGCACAGGCUCAAAUGAUGGCUGUGGGACGCGAAAUCCUUGUUGAGAGCAAGCGCGCCAUCUUAGAGGGCACUGAGUACGAUAGUGGUCGCGGUCGCGAUCUUCUCUCGCUGCUUGUCCGUGCAAACACUUCAAAAGACAUCGCGAUCACUCAACAACUUUCUGAUGAGGAUACUCUCGCUCAGGUGCCUACGUUCUUGGUCGCCGGUCAUGAAACAACAAGCACUGCUCUGACUUGGGCGCUAUUCGCUUUGACACAAAAUGUUGCUGUUCAAACACGGCUGCGCGAAGAACUGCUUGCGAUAUCGACUGAUCAGCCUUCCCUGGAUAUAUUGGAUGACUUGCCUUAUUUAGACAACGUCGUUCGUGAAACGCUGCGACUGUAUGCGCCAGUUUCCGACUUUAAUCGCAUUGCUUUACAAGAUGACAUCAUCCCUCUUGACACAUCUUUCACCGAUUCCAAAGGGGUCGUCCGCGAUUCCUUGAUGAUACAAAAGGGGCAGCUCAUUUUCGUGCCCAUCAUUUCUGUCAACAAGAAUCCAAAAAUAUGGGGCGCAAACGCCUCCGAAUUCCGGCCCGAGCGCUGGGAACACAAUACGGACAACAACAUUCCCGGAAUAUAUAGCCAUCUGCUCACCUUCAUUGGUGGUCCCCGAAAUUGUAUUGGAUUCCGGUUUGCUAUUGCUGAAAUCAAAGCGGUCCUGUUUGUGUUGAUUCGCGCGUUCGAGUUCCAGCUCGCAGUUUCGCCAGACCAGGUGGGUCAGCAAGAUACUGGUAUUGUUGUUCGCCCUCUGCUCCGAAGCUCCCCAGAGGCUGGGAGUCAGUUGCCUGUACUACUCAAGCCUGUGGUUGGAGCCUAA